AUUUAAACAAAAUUCUACAAUUCAAUUCAUUCAACGAGGAAAAUUUUGAGUGGGAACAAAAGUUCGCCAACACUGGUUUGACCCGGAAGAGACUAUAACGAGCAAAAAGCGACAGGCUUUAGCGAGUCUAUUCAGUUUGUGAAAAGCCGUUUGGAUAAUAUUAAAAAAAAACAUAUUAAGGAGAGCUUGAGGACUGCGGCAGAAAUGUUUUACCAUAUUUCUUUGGAACACGAAAUCCUACUACAUCCAAGAUAUUUCGGUCCCAACCUACUCAACACCGUGAAGCAGAAGCUUUUCACAGAAGUGGAGGGUACCUGUACUGGAAAGUAUGGCUUUGUCAUUGCAGUCACCACUAUUGACAACAUUGGGGCAGGUGUAAUCCAGCCAGGCAGAGGUUUUGUCCUCUAUCCAGUCAAAUACAAGGCUAUUGUGUUCCGCCCAUUCAAAGGAGAAGUGGUGGAUGCUGUAGUUACUCAGGUUAACAAGGUUGGACUGUUCACAGAAAUAGGUCCAAUGUCUUGCUUCAUCUCUCGUCAUUCCAUCCCUUCAGAAAUGGAAUUUGACCCCAAUUCUAACCCACCUUGUUAUAAGACAGUUGAUGAGGACAUUGUAAUCCAGCAAGAUGAUGAGAUCCGUCUAAAGAUUGUGGGAACAAGAGUGGACAAGAAUGACAUUUUUGCCAUUGGAUCUCUCAUGGAUGAUUAUCUGGGUCUUGUGAGCUGAUUGGUCUCAGUGAAGUAUCUCAACGGGGCAUUUUAUGAUGUAGCCUAGUUAAGUCCUUGUUGAAAUUAAUUUUUUUUCUACAUUUACAGAUAUGGCAUGGUAAUUGCUAGUAAAGCACCAUAGUUACUUCAGUUUUUUUGUAAUGUAUUUCUUUUUUCUUUUUUGUAAACAAAUGACAUUUCGAAACUGAUGGCAAGAGGAUAUUGCAGAAAAGAAUAUUUUAAAAAAUUCUCUUCAUGUAGCACCUAUGGUGUAAGACUUUUUUUAUGUGUUCUGUAAUAAAGCAUUUUAUUUGUUCUUA